AUGUAUGGAACUAACUAUGAUUCUCAUCUUAAACCUCUUUUCACUGAAGACGAAAAUAAAAAAGAAAAAUACCCUACUUUAAGGAAGUCAAUUACAGAAUUAUCUGUUGAAGAAAUAAAAUAUUUAGAUGACAUUUAUCGAAUACUUAUUAAUACUAAUUCUUUUCCUACUCUUAGUGCUCUUGAGGAUCUUUUUAAUGUAAAUAGAAUAACACCAAAAUUACUAACUAUUAAUAUGUUAAAAGGGGCAGGAUAUACUGAACGUAGUAUUCCUUUUGGAGUAGAGAAUGAAAGUAUUCCAUUAAAUUAUAAUUUUAUUGAUGACAUGAAAAAGCAAAUUAAAAAUACACCACCUCAAUUAGUCUUAACAAUAGAAGAAAUUGGAUAUCAACUUAUUCAAUUAAAAGGCAAAAUAAAUUGUUAUUUUAAAGGAGAAACGCCUCAAAAUCUUCAUUUUGGAAGAUCAAUAAAAGUAUCACCUUCUAUUAUUUGUGUUUCUAAUGAUUGUUCAUUUAUUAAAAUUCUUCGUGUGUUGAGUAAAUCUGAUAAUAACACUGAAAUACAAACAUAUUUUAAAAAUAUUAAAAUUAAUGACACUUCUGUUAAUAGUGAACUUACUUCACAAGGAAGAAAUCUUUAUUAUACCUCAAAGCAAUUCAUUAACUGGUUUGAGGAUAUUAAAGUAUAUAUAACAAAGAAAUUAAAUGAAUUAAAAUGGUACUCAAAAGCCAUAAUAUAUAUGCAUGAAUAUUUCAAACAAUUUUUCACAGAAUCUUCAACAGAUAAAUAUGAUAUUAUAUUCUUUAAUGAUUCACAAUGUUCUAAAUUAUCUUUAUUAUCUCCAAUAAUUAGUCAAUGCAUUAAAACUUUAAAAGAAAAUCUUAAUAUUAUUAAUCAAACUCAAGAAAUUCAACAACGAAAGAGAGUAGAAAAAAAUUUAAAUAAUAGAGUUAAUCAAUUAGUAAGGAAUUAUGAAUUUUUAAAAUCUAUUAUUGAGAAAUUAAAAUCAACAAAUUCAUUAUUAUCUGAUUUAUUAUUUAAUUUAAAUAAAGAAGAAUUUACUCAAUAUAAUAAUUUAAUAAAUGAUUCAUUAAGAUCAUCAAUUGGUCAAUAUAGUCAUUCCUCUUCAUUAAUAAAUUAUAACAAUAUAACUCCACAAAUAAAGAAUGUUUUGGUUAAUAUUAAUCAAGAAUUAGAACUUAAUGAAAUAAUUGAUGUUGAACAAUUUAAAAUGAAAAAUUGUAUUACAGAAAAUAUUCUCUCUGAAUCACUUUCUAUUUUGAAUUUACCAAUUAAAAAAGUAUGGAAAUAUCCACAUCAAAUAUGUAUAGAUUCAAUUCAAUUAACUGAUUUAGCUUCUGGAUUAUUAGAGAUAAAUGAAACAACUAAAGAACAAGUUAUUUUUAUUGACUCUUUUGAAUAUUUAUCAGACGCACUUCAGCAAUCAAGAAUAAUUGUUAAAAAUGAUAGUACUGACCAUAUCUUCUUUGUUCAGAGAGAAAAUAUUAUUCAAAGACAUCUUUUUGCAAUAAGAGAAGAUGGAACACUCUUAAGACCAUUAAUUAAUGAAAAUGGUAUUUCCAAUUCAGAAAUGAUUAAUUGGAUUAUAGAAAUAAUUCGAGGUAUUUUAAUAACAACAUAUCCACCAAAAAAAAUUUAUUUUGCAGUACAUCAGUAUUAUAAAUUUAUAUUUUCUGAUCAACAAAUAUUAAUGAAAUUAAAAACAAUUCCUGGAGGUGAUAUGAUAAAUAUAAUUUAUAUAGAAGAUGCUGUAUAUCCAAUUAUUCCAAUUAACAUCAUUUUUAAUAAAGUACUUGAACUAAUCUUAUUCAAAAAUCAAAGUUUGACAACUCAGGCAAUAGAAAAUGAAAUUAGAUAUUGUCUAACACCCACACUCUUAAAUACCCUUCUUUAUGAAUGGUAUGAAUUACGUAAAUUAAAAGCUAUUGAUUAUCGUGUAUUAAAAAAACAAAUUGAUCAAUUCACUUUCAAACCAUCAAACUUUGUUAUUAUAGAUGGAAUAAAAGAGGGUAUUGACGAUAAUGAUCCACCAAAUACAAUAUUUAAUUUAGAUUGUGUUCCUCCAAUAUAUAGACAAAUAAUGUUUGAUUUAUUAUGUUCAUCUCCUGAAUUGAAAAAAUGUACAUCAAAGAAUGAUCAAAUAGAGUUUAUCUCACAAUAUAAAAACAAAUAUUUUUUUAAUGUUGAUGAAAUCUUUUUAAAUAAAAAUGAACCUCAAAAGAGAUUAUUAAUUGAAUAA